AUGACAGAUAAAAAGACUUUAAAACUGUUCCAUAUCAUGAACAUAGCAGCCACUAUAUACUGUAUCUUGAUGCAGAUAAUAGUUGGAUCUGUAACAUAUUUUGUGUGUAUACCAGCUAUAUAUCACAAUGAAGUCAACACACAAUUGUGGCACCGGGUUGGAUUCAUUCUCAUCCUUCUUGGUCUUGUGGUGAAUUACCUAUUAUGUCUGCUGAAGGAAUCAACACUCGAUAGAAAUCAAGUUCUCACUAAAACAUCAUCAAGAGGUGAGGAGACAACAAUGCUUCCAAUGUACACCAGUGAUUCAAUGAAAGAAUGGACUUACUGCAGUCUGUGUAGGUUGGACUCACCACCGAGGUGUCAUCAUUGUCCAAUUUGCAACGUGUGUGUCCUGAAACGUAUUUCCCAUUGUUUCUUCGUUGGAAAAUGUAUUGGUCAUUACAAUCAUCGAUAUUAUGUUUCCUUCCUAAUUUACACCAUUCUUGUUGCAUUUUAUAGUUUGUUACUGUACUUGAGUUAUCUUCAUGACCACUUUGGUACCCCUCUUUCCAGAGACAUUUUAGGUCACCUGUAUCCCAUCGCUGUAGGCCGGUUCAUCCUCGGUAAAGUGCCACUGUAUGCCCUUCUCCUGUUGACCCUAAUGUACCAGUGUUUGAUGUACACUGUGGGAUGUGGCUUUCUGCUUUACCAAGCCUUGAACAACAUCAAGAACGGACAGACUCCACAUGAGGCACACAACAAGAGCAGCAUGUACAAUUAUGGCAUCAAAGAGAACAUGCAAGUGGUAUUUGGGAGAAGAUGGUUUCUGGCAGUCAUCAUUCCUUGGCCAUCGAAGCUGCCAGGAGAUGGUAUGCAAUGGGAGUUGAGUAAUCGUGCCAAAGUAUUCUAAUUUUGUAUAUUUGGUCAAAUGAAACAUGCACAUAAAAAUCAAGUUUUUUUAAAAUAGGUGUUAAUGAUAGUCACUCUUAAUCAAUGUCACACCCCAGCAGUCAUAGCCUGGGUUCCAGGCCCUAAUUUUUGGGUUAUUCACUUUUUAUUGUCCUUAUUGUGCACCAUACAUAAUUUAUUUGGCAUCCCAUACUCGAUUUCUUUUUUUUUUUCGGAUUAUUAUUAUUGUCUUAAAAUUAACUUGCUCCUUGGUGGCGCUGUCCAGAAUGAGAAAAAAUAAUAAUAAGGGACUUGUGGCAGGUCUACAGAAUCAUUGCAUUCCAUGAAUUUUGGCGCUAUAACACUUUUGACAAUUAUGAUGAUUAGAAAUAUUGACACUAUACAUAUAUUUGCAUAUGUUAGUCUAGAAUAAACGCCCUGUCACAAUUAAUAACCGCACUCUGUUGUGAAACAUACUAACUUCCUUAAGAAACAUAAUUGUAUUAAAAGUCAAGUUGCCUUAUGAAUUGUGCAAUAUACAUCAAUAUAUUAUGCAUCAUAAAUUAUUUUUUGUCUUUUCUGCUGUACUUAUGUACCAAUUUGGUAUGAGCACAUGGGUGCAGAUCAUAAGAGGACAAGGAACACAUCCCCUCUACAUAUUUGCAAGGGGGGUUGGACCCCCCACUUUUUGACUGCAGAGUAAUUUCAUAAGUCAAGAAGAUGCCUGAAUUGUUGAAAUGAACUGCAUCAAGGCCCAGGUUUUAAUGAAAGAACACUGUACAAAGUACAUGAUAAUGAAUUUUACUAUAUAAUAGUUUAAUUUCCAGCCAUCUAGAGGUACUUUUUCCUCAAAUUUGUUGGAGCUGAGGUGGGUGUGGACUCACGACUGCAUUACCCCUUUCAAAACAGAUCUGUACCCUUGUAUGAAUAAACUAAAUAUGUAAAUAAUGAUAAUCAUAUUAACUCAAUAUUGCUCAGUAAGGAUGAAAAAAACAUUUGGUAAUAAUAAUAGGGAGUAACUCUAAGUUAAUAUCAUAGCAGCACCAAAUAUUACUUAACAGGAUUUUUACACUACUGUAUAUAAAGAUAAUUGAGAGAAACUGUAGGCUGUUCCACAAUUGAAUAAAUACACAGAUACUGUGUGAGUUUUAUUUAGAAGCAGACAUGCUGCAUAUGAAUAUUCAAAUUUGUAUUUUUUUUUUAAUAGAGAAUUUAGAAUUAAUCAGGGUAACUUUUGAAUUGUGACCUGGCUAUUGUUUGUAUAUUAGUACAAUAUUUGUGUAGUCAAGGGUGAUGGAAAAAUAAUGUGUUUAACACAGAACUGUACUCUAGCAUUUUUUUGUAUUUUAGCACCUGCCCUCAUUUGAGGUGUGGUUUCAAAAUUGAGGUUUGUGUUUACUUUAUACAAAUUUAUAUAACUUGUACAUAUUUUGUAACAGUACUAAUUAUUAAAUGCUUGCUGAAUUUCUAGA